CGCUUUAUUCGCAUCAUUCGGAUUAUUCGCUUUAUUCGCAUCAGGGCAGGGCCUGGAGCCCCCGGGGGGACAGGACCCCUCUGGAAGGGUGGCUGUCACAGGGAGGUCACUGGAGUCUCCCGUCCCGCUGGGGCUCCCCGGGGCCGGGUUUUAGGACAAUGCCCGGUACCGUGCCCGCGGCCCCGGGGUUGGCGGUGAUGGAGCCCCUGGGGAUUGCCGGGGUUUCGCCCCCCCCCCCCCAUCGCAGCGGAGCGGGGCCGCCGGGCCGGGCCGCUGGCGGGGGAUCCCCGCGGUCGCCCCCGGUUCCCGGGGUGUUUUCCCGGUCCCGUUUCCCCCCGGGGCCUCCCCCGGUCCCGGGAGGCGGCGGCGGCCCCGCCCCGCCCGCGCGUUCCCGCCAGCGGCGGCCAAUGGGCGCGCGCGGGGCGCGCACGGGGCUUUUCCGCGCCAAACUCCAAAGCCCGCGGAGAGCGCGCGCCGCACCGGCUGCAGCACCGCACCCGGUGAGCCCCGGCCCCGGCACCGCACCCCGGUGAGCCCGCGGGAGCCCCGGCACCGGCACCGCACCCCGGUGAGCCCGCGGGAGCCCCGGCACCGGCACCGCACCCGGUGAGCCCGCGGGAGCCCCGGCACCGCGCCCCGGUGAGCCCGCGGGAGCCCCGGCCCCGGCACCGCACCCCGGUGAGCCCGCGGGAGCCCCGGCCCCGGCACCGCACCCCGGUGAGCCCGCGGGAGCCCCGGCCCCGGCACCGCACCCCGGUGAGUCCGCGGGAGCCCCGGCACCGCACCCCGCGCCGGCGCCAUGUGGAUCCAGGUGCGCACCAUGGACGGCAGCCAGACGCACCGCGUGGACUCGCUCUCCAAGCUCACCAAGGUGGAGGGGCUGCGCCUGCGGAUACACGAGGUGUUCGGCGUGGAGCCCCAGCGGCAGCGGCUCUUCUACCGCGGCAAGCAGAUGGAGGACGGGCACUCCCUGUUCGACUACAGCGUGGGCCUGAACGACAUCGUGCAGCUGCUGGUCAGACAAAGCCCGGCCGUGCUGCCUGCUGCGGGCAAGGAGAAGGACCCGGAGCUCUCGGACACCGACUCCGGCUGCGGCCCCAGCGAGUCCGACAAAAGCUCCCACAACGGGGAGGCUGCGCUGGAGCUGGAGGGACAGCCCGGCCCGGCGGGGCAGCCCCCCGGCACCGCGCCCUGCCUCGGCCUCUACAAGAUCAAUGACUUGGUGGAUGCUCGGGACACGGACAUGGGAGCGUGGUUUGAAGCCACGGUUGUGAAUGUAACCAGGAAAAAACCCACCAGUGAAUCAGCUGAGAGCUGCACAGAGCCUGAGCAGCCCACAGCUGUCCCUGAAGAAGAUGUAAUUUAUCAUGUGAAAUAUGAUGAUUACCCCGAGAACGGGGUGGUGCAGAUGAGCUCCAGCAACGUCCGGGCGCGGGCUCGGACCAUCCUCAAGUGGCAGCAGCUGGAGGUGGGGCAGGUGGUGAUGGUCAACUACAACCCCGACGAGCCCAAGGAGAGGGGCUUCUGGUACGAUGCUGAGAUCCUGCAGAAAAGGGAAACAAAAAUGUCCAGGGAGCUCAGUGCAAAGAUACUGCUCGGGGAACCUGGGGAUUCUUUGAAUGACUGCACAAUUAUAUUAGUGGAUGAAAUCUAUAAAAUUGAAGAGCCAGGCACUGCCUCUCCCAUCAGUUCUGGUACCCCAAAACGACAGAGUGGCCCUGUGUGCAAAGCCUGCAAGGACAACCCCAACAAGACCUGCAGGGUCUGUGCCUGUCACAUCUGUGGGGGAAAGCAGGACCCAGAUAAGCAGCUCAUGUGUGACGAGUGUGACAUGGCCUUCCACAUCUACUGCCUCAACCCCCCCCUGAGCAGAAUCCCAGAUGAGGACUGGUAUUGCCCUGAAUGUCGAAAUGACGCAAGUGAGGUGGUUUUAGCAGGAGAGAAAUUAAAAGAAAGUAAAAAGAAACAAAAGAUGGCAUCUGCUAAUUCCUCCUCCCGGAGAGACUGGGGCAAGGGCAUGGCGUGCGUGGGGCGCACCAAGGAAUGCACCAUCGUCCCCUCCAACCACUACGGACCCAUCCCGGGCAUCCCUGUGGGCACCAUGUGGAAAUUCAGAGUUCAGGUGAGCGAGUCCGGCGUGCACAGGCCCCACGUGGCCGGGAUCCACGGCAGGAGCAACGACGGCGCCUACUCGCUGGUGCUGGCAGGAGGAUACGAGGACGACAUCGAUCACGGGAAUUCCUUCACCUACACGGGGAGCGGGGGCCGAGACCUGUCGGGGAACAAGCGCACGGCGGAGCAGUCGUGUGACCAAAAACUCACCAACAUGAACAGGGCCCUGGCUCUGAACUGCAGUGCCCCCAUCAACGAGAAGCACGGCGCGGAGGCCAAGGACUGGCGCGCGGGGAAGCCGGUGCGCGUCGUGCGCAACGUCAAGGGCGGCAAGCACAGCAAGUACGCGCCCCUGGAGGGCAACAGAUACGACGGCAUCUACAAGGUUGUGAAGUACUGGCCCGAGACAGGCAAGUCUGGGUUUCUAGUGUGGCGUUACCUGCUGAGGAGGGACGAUGAGGAACCUGCUCCUUGGACCAAAGAGGGGAAGGACAGGAUGAAAAAGCUCGGCCUGACAAUGCAGUAUCCUGAAGGAUAUUUGGAAGCUGUUGCAAACAAAGAUAAGGAAAAAGAAAAUAACGAAGAUGAUGAGUUUGAUAGCCCAGGGAAAGGGAAGAGGAAAAGGAAAUCAGCAGGUGGGGAGGAAAAACUUGUCACCUCUCCAGCAGGGACUCCAAAGAAAACUAAAGUUGAGCCAUACAAGCUGACAUCCCAGCAGAAAUCUCUAAUAAAAAGUGAUGAAGCCAACGAGAAGCUGUGGAAUGAAGUCCUAGAGGCUCUCAAAGAUGGACCGAAAUUUCUGAAUAAGGUGGAGGAGGCCUUUCUGUGCAUUUGCUGUCAGGAGGUUGUGUUCCGGCCCGUCACCACCGUGUGCCAGCACAACGUCUGCAAGGACUGCCUGGACAGGUCCUUCAAGGCCUCGGUGUUCAGCUGCCCCGCGUGCCGCUACGAGCUGGGCCGCAGCUACAGCAUGGAGGUGAACGAGGCCCUGCAGAGCGUCCUGGCCCAGCUCUUCCCCGGCUACGGCAGCGGCCGGUGAGCCCCAAAGCACUUCUCCCUCCCUCCCUCCCCAGACACCCCGGGCUUAAUUUAAAACAAAAAAAAACAUAGCCUGUGUUUCCUCCCAGCCCUGCAAAAAUGGUUUUAAGUCUUCCUCGUUUUUUAAAAAAACUGUAAACUCCAAGGAUGAUCCUUUUGUAUGUUUGUGGAUUUCGUUUUUGUUCUCUAUGUUGAACUUCGCAUUUGUAUUUUUUUUCAUCCCCUCAAACCUGCCAUUCAUCAGCACAGAAUUAUUUGUUUUUAAUGGACUGAAAGUGCUUCCGGUGAGGCUGCUAAUGAUGAGGAACGUUCUCAGAGUGCCCCUGUGCCCCCUUUGUUUUUAUUUGUUAUUCCAAAAAUGGCUUGGUUGCUAGAACAAUCUUCACUGUCUGGGGAUUUGGCCAUCAAGGUAGACUUGUGCAUCACCUUGGCAGCAUUUUGAUACUCAAUUUGUACAAGAUGGUUUCUGGCUUUGUACCAUAAGUGGGUUUUUGCUAUUUUUUUGUAAGAACUGGGUUUUAUACAUUUGACAAAAAGCCAUUUCCUGCUAAUUUUGUAUCUCAGAACCAGAAGUCUGCUUGCUUAGAGCCAAGUGGUUGGAGCAAUAUGAAGUACUACCUCACUGGACUUCUCUUAGGGAAGGAUUUGUUCAGCCAGGCGCUGUCCCCUGUCCCGAAAUGCCAUUGUGGAAUAUCCUAAAGCCAUUCUUAAGUGCCUUUUGUCCUUUGCUGGAAGACUGGGCUCUGAAUCACCGUCAAUGUGAUUUUUUCACAUUUUUUUCAUAAGCACUGAAAUGUUGGGACUUGCCAGCCGGAUUCUUUGGGAGCGUGGAUCACUGUAGCUGUGUGUGAUUAGUGGGGAUUUGCAGAGGAUCAGGUUUCCUAGUCAUAGGUGUAUUGGGGAGUUUUUUUCUUUGUUUCACUGCAUUUCUACCUGGAAAUGAAAAAUAACCAAUUCUGGCUUUUUUAUGAACUGUUUUGGAUUGGCCACGCCUCGAGAAGGCUCCCUUGGUCUCCCUCUGACAGUACCAAAGUUUGCAGUUCGAUACCUCAGCAAGACAGGGAUGUUUUAAAUCACACUUUUCUGCAGACAGACUGGAACAAAUGUGCCUCUUUUUGGUUUCCUCAACUCUUACCCUUUGGAGUGAUUAUGUUAAUACGUUAGGGAAAAAGACCCCGCAACAUUUUAUAGGUGUUUUCAGUGAAUUUGUCAAUUUUUUGUAUAAUGUGCAAGUUGAUGUUCUCAAAAUAAAUAUCUUCUCA